AUUUCUUUAGUUUUUACUAUAAAAGCACCGAUUGUUCUAGACAUUAGUAUCAGUUCGCUAAUAAACUUAGCUUGACUAACAAGUACUAUUCAAAAUGUUCUUCAAGACUCUGUGUGUCUUAGCGGUAUAUGCUGUAGUAGCAGCAUUCGCUCAUGAAGCCCACUCGUCCCAAUUCCUUCAUAAACAUGACCAUCAUCAUCAGAAAGUGGAAUUUAAAGACAAACAUGGACAUCAUCACUACGACUACUACACGCCUCCCAAAUACGAAUUCGGGUACAAAGUAAAGGACCCGCACACCCACGACCACAAGUCCCAGCACGAGCAUCGUCACCACGACAGUGUGAAGGGACACUACUCCCUGAAGGAACCUGACCAUCAUCACGAGAGAGAAGUCCACUACCAUGCUGACAAACAUUCCGGUUUCCACGCGGAUGUGAAGCACAGCAUUCACCACAUCGUUCCUCAUCAUCAUGUGCUACUUUUGGCUGUAGUGUAUGUGGUAGCUGUCACAGCUGAACAUGGAUACUCAUCGCAACACGUCCACAAAUACGAUGGACAUCACGAAACCGUAGAAGUCAAAGGCGAGCAUGGACAUCAUCACUUCGACUAUUAUACUCAUCCUAAGUACGAGUUCGAGUACGAGGUGAAGGACGGUCACACCGGAGACCACAAGGAGCAGCACGAGCACCGCGACGGUGACGUCGUCAAGGGCCACUACUCGCUGCACGAACCUGACGGUUCCAUCAGACACGUGCACUACCAUUCCGACAAGCAUUCCGGUUUCCACGCCGAUAUAAAACACAGCACCCACCACAUCGUGCCGAAACAUCAUGAUCAUCAUUACUGAUUCUUCAACCAAAUAAACAUGUUAUUUCAUUUACUUUGUUAUGUAUACUACACAUUUGUUAUUUUGUUUUACUU